AUGGACAUGGGCAGCUCAGGUAUGGAAGGAGGAAUGAACAUGGGUGACAUGGGCGGAUGUACUACCUCGAUGCUUUGGAACUGGAAUAUAAAGGACACCUGUCCAGUUUCUAAGCAGUGGCACAUUACAAACGAUGGCGCAUUUGCUGGUACAGUUAUCGGUGUUUUCUUCAUCGUCGUUGCGAUAGAAGCGCUGAGGAGAUUCGGAAGAGAGUACGAUAGGAAGCUCGUCAACGACUACCGCAAAUCGCAAGCAUCGGCUGGUAACACCAGCAUGGCACCAGACGUCGACGCAAAAGGCGACGUAGGACCCGCGCCUGUAUUGGUAGGAACGGGUCAACUCAGGCCGUUCAGACCAACUUUAUCUCAACAGUUCAUCAGAGCACUCGUGUAUUUUGUCCAGUACUCGGCUACUUACAUCGUUAUGCUUAUAGCGAUGACUUUCAACGGUUACCUGCUUUUUGCCAUCUUCUUCGGAGGUGGAUUUGGAUAUCUCGUCAGCAGCUGGGAUACUGUCGGAUUGGUGGAGGACACUGAGAAAAGCUCUUCGGGAUGUUGCUGCUGA